AUGACACAAAAGGCCCUCUCGACUUGUCGAGCAUGGUUUAUAGCAAGCGGUCUGCGGCCUUUUCUAGGCGAUAGGGGCCAUCAAUUUCACUCCUCCCGACGAGUCGCUACUGCUGUUGCCGCUGCUUCUGCUACUACGACAACUCAAAUUAUACCCGAGCCGCAUAGCCCAAUUCCAGUGCCAUCUGCUCGACCCUCCCGCCGGACACAGUUGAAGGAUGCGAAGCCAUUUUCGGACUUUCUUACAGAUACCUUUAAUCGGGAACAUGACUACUUGCGCAUUUCACUCACAGAAAGAUGCAAUCUCCGAUGUGUCUACUGCAUGCCGGAGGAAGGUGUUCCUCUCUCCCCUUCAAGGGAACUGUUGACGACUCCUGAGAUUGUUAUGCUGUCAUCCGUAUUCGUUUCUCAAGGGGUCAACAAAAUUCGCCUCACGGGCGGGGAACCUACCAUUAGAAGAGAUAUCUUGCCACUCAUGCAGCAGAUUGGUGCUCUUCGGUCGUAUGGUCUGCGGGAAUUAUGUCUUACCACUAACGGUAUAGCCCUCCACAGAAAGCUCGACGGAAUGGUCGAGGCUGGCUUAACUGGCGUUAAUUUGAGCCUCGACACUUUGGAUCCCUGGCAAUUCCAAAUUAUGACCCGACGGAAAGGAUUCGACGCUGUAAUGAAGAGCAUCGAAAAAGUUUUUGAGCUUAAUAAGCACGGAGCCGGUAUAAAGCUCAAGAUCAAUGCAGUUGUCAUGAGAGGAAUCAACGACCGGGAGAUAAUUCCAUUCGUCGAGAUGACCCGCGAGAAAGAUAUCGAAGUAAGAUUCAUAGAAUACAUGCCAUUUGAUGGCAACAAAUGGAAUAAGGGCAAAAUGUUUAGUUAUGCCGAAAUGCUGGAUCGUAUCCGCGAGGUACAUCCUGGUUUGGAAAAAGUACAGGAUCAUCAGAACGACACGAGCAAGACCUAUAGGAUUCCCGGAUUCGUGGGCAAAAUUGGUUUCAUCACGAGCAUGACACAUAACUUUUGCGGAACUUGCAAUCGUCUUCGCAUCACAAGCGAUGGAAACCUGAAAGUUUGCCUAUUUGGAAAUGCGGAAGUAUCGUUGCGAGAUAUUUUAAGAGAAUCAAACUGUGGAGAGCCAAUAGAUGAGGAAGCAUAUGAGGCAUUGAAAAAGGUCGAGGCGGAUAGGCGACAACAUACUUCAGACCAUACAGCCAAGCCUAAUUUGUCACCGAACGAACGUCGGCUUUUAAACGUCAUCGGCAUGGCUGUGAAAAGGAAAAAGGCCAAGCACGCAGGUAUCGGCGAACUAGAGCACAUGAAAAAUCGGCCCAUGAUACUCAUAGAUUCGCGGCGACUUAUACCAGCUAGUUGUUCACAAGUCAGAAGCCCUCAGCAUACACCUCUAAUCGCUACACGAUUUGUCCCUGGGCUAUCUAAUAUACCGGCUACCUUUACACAAGGACGGCAAAUGCGGCUGUUCUCGCAGUCAAGUCAGAGAAAUACCAAAAAAGAUAAGACCGUUGGUCUGACACAUGUGUCUGAGUCGGGUUCCGCCCACAUGGUUUCUAUCUCAGAUAAGACGCCCAGCAAGAGAGUCGCCAAGGCAGCCUGCAGCGUACUUUUCACCAAUGAGGUUGCAUGCAAACUCAUAAAGGAGAAUCAAAUCAAAAAGGGCGACGUUUUGGGAGUUGCCCGGGUGGCCGGGAUUAUGGCGGCAAAGAGAACGCCGGACCUCAUCCCGCUAUGCCACCCUAUUGCCAUCACUAAAGUCACGAUCGAUCUAGACGUGCGUGAGGAUGAGACUGGAGGAAGCCGAAUCGAAAUUGAGGCCACUGUGGCCUGCGAUGGAAAGACGGGGGUAGAGAUGGAAGCUCUGAUGGCCGCUUCGACGGCUGCGCUCACGGUCUACGACAUGUGUAAGGCGGUAGAUAAGGGAAUGAGGAUCCAAGACCUAAGGGUGACCGUAAAGGAGGGCGGGAAAAGCGGCCGAUGGGUUGAGGGUGUUCCUGAUAAUCUAAUGGGGGUCGAAUAG